GCUCCCAUUGUGCCGCCGGACGACAUCAUUGGAAUGAAGGACGAGGUGGACAAUGAUGAGAAGAAGCUGCAUGUGGGCAACGAGACCCCGAAGUCUGAGAAGUCCACGAAAAGCCACGUCUCGAAGAUCACCGAGUUCUCCAGGAGGAAGACCUCAGAUAUCACCGAAGAGCUUCUGGACACGCAGACGAAAGAGUACUACACCUGGGGGGAGUCCACCUGGGACCUGGUGAUCUUCAUCGGCACCGGGGCGCUGGGCCCCGCUGGCUCCUUCCAGACCUUCCUGCUGGCCGUGAUCAACGUUCUAAUGCAGGUGGUCUUCUGUGCCAUCGCGUAUUUUAACUUUAUCGAGCCGGACAUCGACUCAAGCGCGAUUGAGGAUGCGAAACGCUGGCGGCGCUCCUCUGGCCACGCCUUGUCCGAGUACGACGCGACGUCCAAGUUGUCUCUGACUGAGAGGGUCUGCGACCUGGACAAGUCCUUGCACAUCUCCGGGACUCAGCUGGCAUUGCUUGAGAACCUUCGGAAGUACCUGAACUCGGAGAAGGAAGGCCUGGCCUCGUUCUUCACCGGCGAGGUGCUUUGCGUUGUCGCCCUCAUUUGCUGGUAUCUGAUGGUGGCCAAGGAGGUUAGCCACGCCCUGGCUCUGCACCGAGGGGUGAUGGCCGUGGAGCGUGGGCCCACGAGGCUCGACACCCGCGAGAAUCCUUUCACACAGGCCACGCACUACCGGCUUCGAGCCAUGGGCCUGAGGCGGAAGAUCGCUAGCGGCAUCCUCCUCGCCUACCGCCUCGUCGCAGCGGCACUCCUCGUCUUCGUGGGCACUUUCUUCCUGGUCUACACCGUCAACGUCACCGAGCUGAUCCUGAAUGCCGUGGCUUUGGGAAUCAUCCUGGACAUUGACGACCUGCUCUUCGAUGCGUUGGCGACAACCCCGGGCCGCCACCUCGUUCACCAGCUGGAUCCUCUACCGAUGCCUCCUAUGAGGCGCUGGCGUGGCGCAGACCUGAAGUCGGUGUGCAUGAGCAUCCUCAUCCCUGGCAUGACGAUCAUCGUCUACCUCACCAUGCUGGACCCUUUCGUCACCUUGUUGAAAGACGUGCAGACGACCAUGUGCGGAGGAUACCAAAGUUUCGUGUGGGAUGUGGAUUCCCGACGUGUCGUCCUCAUGGCGCCGACAGCCGGUGGCGGCUGGGAAGCCGAAGCUCAGUCCAUCAGGACCAGGGCCAUCGACGAGGCAGAGCUCUUCGAGCCGGGAUUCGAUGAUGACGAUGCAAAAUAUGGCGUCUGGGUGGAUGACGUGAGCGAGCUGCUCGGCACUCGAUUGCUGCAGCUGAGCGACGUAAUCGACGAAGAAAAUCCGUCGUGUGAUGAUAUUGCCGCCAAUGCCAACGACCCCGAAGCCGAGCCGGAGGACCUGUCCAUGUUGAGAUACCUCAGGUUCUUCGUAGGUAACGAAAGCAUCCAGGGCUGCGCAGAUGUGGCGCACCUGUGCAGCUCCUACACGAAAAUUCCAGAGUACGUGGGCGAUGGCGGCGUGGGCUUCAGCGUGCGCUUGCUUUGCUCCGAGACGUGCCAAUGCAGAGUGCCCGGGGGAGACCAGAUCUCUGUGCAGGGCUGCCCUUACGGCAGGAACAUGGCAAAUGGUCGGCCUUGUCAGAGCCAGCCAGACUACAUCUCGUACCGGAUGUCCGGGGUGUGCCUGGAGCAGAGUGCCGAGGAAAUGCGAAACAACACUGCCUGGGCAAGCUGGGUCGAUGCGAUACGUGCUUACGCCACAGAGGAGAAUGCGGAUCUGCCUGCGCAGGAAGACGCACUUCUGCUCGCGGAUGCGAUGUGGGAGCACGGCUGCGGCUUCAUUGCGAACCUCUCGAGUCAGAAUGUCUCGUGGGGAAAUUGUUUCCAGUGGGAUGCGAAGUUCGACUGGGAGUUCAAGACUGUGGAGCCCUUUUGCCCGCUGACCUGCCAGUGCGACUGGAACAACAGAGGGACUUCAAAUUGCCCGCUUCCAUAUGGAAAGACCUGUGACAGCUUGGAU